AUGCAAAAUUAUAAUGAGAAUGAUGCUAAAGCUUUAGUAUAUACUCAAAGACGUGAAGGAAUAUGCUUAGCUAGAGUUAGGCCUAAUAUUUAUUUAUGGACAUGUCAAUAUAUAUUCGAAGAAUUAUUGCAUAAAAAAUUCCUACCUCAAAAACCUAAAUUUUUAGAAGGCUUACAACUGGAUGGAUAUAAUGAAGAAUUACAUUUGGCCUUCGAAUAUAGUGGUAAUCAAUUAUUUCAUUUUUCCAUCCACAAGAGCAAAUUAAUUUAG